AAGUGAAUCAGGCGACGAAACAGCAGACAGAAACCCAUAUAAGUUAGUGUGUACUCUUGACUGCUAUUUACAGACUCUUAACACCAUGCUAGGAGGAGGCUUCAAAGCAGAGAGGCUCAGAGUGAACCUCCGCCUGGUAAUCAACCGACUCAAACUCCUUGAGAAAAAGAAAACUGAGCUUGCUCAAAAGGCCAGGAAGGAGAUUGCAGAUUACCUGUCAUCAGGCAAAGAUGAGCGGGCACGGAUCCGCGUGGAGCACAUAAUCAGAGAGGACUAUCUGGUGGAAGCCAUGGAGAUUCUGGAGCUUUACUGUGACCUGCUGCUGGCUCGCUUUGGCCUCAUUCAGUCUAUGAAGGAGCUGGAUCCAGGCUUACAGGAAGCAGUGUCCACCCUUAUCUGGGCAGCUCCUCGCCUCCAGUCAGAGGUGUCUGAACUAAAAAUAGUAUCUGAACAGCUGUGUGCAAAAUACAGCAAGGAGUAUGGCAAGCUGUGCAGGACAAACCAGAUUGGGACAGUCAACGACAGGCUGAUGCACAAACUGAGUGUGGAGGCCCCUCCCAAGAUCUUGGUGGAGCGCUACCUGAUAGAGAUAGCUAAGAACUACAAUGUGCCAUAUGAACCUGACGCCAUGGUCCGGCCUGAGGUGUGUCCUGGAGAGGAGGCAGACCUGAUUGACGUUGACACUGACAAGAAGUCUGGAGGAGGAGGUGGUGGAGGUUUCACUGCUGGUGCUAUGCCCAUGCCUAUGCCCAUGCCAAUGCCCAUGGGCAUGCCUAUGCCAACAGCUUUCAACUAUCCACCUUCCAAAGGAGCCGAACCAUUUAAUGCACCAGUUGGAACCUACAACAGCUUCCAGCCCCCCAUGGGAGGAGGGCAGCCCCCUCAGCUGCCCACUUGUCCCCCCACAUACGAGUCUAUUGAUGAUCUAAAUGACAAAUCCUUUGUUCCUUCCCAGAUCACAGGUCCCGGCCCCUCAUCUCAACCAUUUGACAGCAACGCACUCCCAGAGCUCCCCUCUGUUCCCGACACACUCCCCACAUCAUCCUUCGGUGGGAACACCACCACCUCGGACGACAUCGACUUUGACGAUCUAACGCGGCGCUUUGAGGAGCUGAAGAAGAAAACCUAAUUGUUACGCCCCUGGUCUAUACACACAUAUAUAGACACACACACAGGCCUGUGUCGUCACCGCUGCAGCUCAGAACAGGAAAAAGAAAUUGUUCAAGGCUCUCAAUCAGAUUUGGAUAGUUCUCCCCCUUUCUACAUUUAUUCUUACCUCAUGUAGAUAAAUAUUACCAUAUUACUGAUGGUGCGGUUGCUCACUCAAGCUUUAAAUAACAGAAACCUUUCUUUUGGUAAAGCAGUACCAGUGUCUACCACGUUUUAAUUUCUUUACUGUACUGCACAUCAUAUACAUUAUUACAUACAAUCAUGUGGGUGGUGAUGCCUGUUCUCUCAUUGAAGGACUUUUAACUUUUCCCAUUUGUCUACGUGACAUACUGUUGUAAUAAUCAAAUUUAGAUUUUAAGUGUUGCUUUUUUUUGAGGGUUUGGGGUCUGACUUAUAUCUACAGUACAUGCCUUGAUUCUGCUUUGCACAUGUUGUACGACACUGUGUCACUCACUUGUCUCAGACUAGUCAAACAAGUCUGACUGCCCACCCCAGUUUGGUAUUCAUGCCAACAAUGUUUCUAGAUUGUUUUUCCAAAGCGAGGCUUCAGUACUCAACAGUUGAUUUCAUGAAGCUUUGGGACAGAUGGAAGCCAUAUUUUCAGUGUCUUGUGCAGUCGUGAGGUGUUAUCACUGUGGAAAAGACAUUUUGAAACACUCAUUACUCAAUCGGCCCUCAAAGUUUAAGGUUUAUAUAUAGCAGAAAUACCUUGUGUGGAGCCUCUCUGGAAAAGCUUACAGUUACAUGUCAAACCUGUUCUGGUCAUCUGUUACAGGGGUGGUAGGGCACAGGUGUAAAAUGUAGUGAAAACUGUAAUAUAUAUUUACAGGGACUAUAGCUAGACCUAUUUACACAGAUGAUUUAACUGUACAGAAAAUUAGUUUAGGGAGGUGUCCAACAAUUGACAAAUCUGUUUUAUAUACAGUAUCUCCAAAUAAAGGUUGUUUGCCCUUUUGAAUGUCAGUUUUACCAAAAUACCUGCACUUUUCUGAGUAUUGAUCGGUUUAAUUUGCUAGCAAAAUAUGGACAAAUAGCAGUCCUAAUGCAACUGUACAACAACCUGAUUUGAUGUAAAUAUUGACCUCAGAGGUUUUAGGUUAUCUGUGAUCGUGUGUGCAUGUCUCUCCUACUGUGGUGCACCACUGCAUUUGCCUUAGUUAACAUCUCUCAUCAGAGGCCUUGCCAGUCUGUACUAGGAUCAUGCAUUAUGCAUGAAGACUGGAUACAUGUUAUCUGCAUUUUGUUUCACUUUAUGUAUGUGUAGCUUUAUUUGCCGUACCCAUAAACAGUCCUUUUAAAAAAUACUUCUGAGUUGAAUUUUCUGCAUUGGAUAAAAAAAAUUAUGGCAAUAGAGGUGGUUGUUUCAAAUUCCCAGAGAGGAACAGGGGUGAAAGAUUUGUUGUGCUGACGUGAUGGGCCGCACCCAGCUUGCAUGGCAAAUGGAUGGCGGCCUUGAAGUAAAAUGACUCAGCAGUUUCGGGAAAGCACAUCUAAAAGCUUUUCCGGCUAGGUGAUAGACAUGGUUCAUUAAUGGGUUUUACGCGUGUUAGAGGGAUGAUUAACACUACAGAACUGUGAUCUGCUCAAUGUUUUUUUCUAUGUUGGACUGUUGUUUCAUGCUAAAUCUCUAGUUUUUUUUCCCACUGUAUACUAAAAUAACAAUUUAAUAAAAUACUAUUUGGAAG